AUGCCUAACGACAAGAAGCAGAGUCAGCCUUAUGCUGGUUAUUAUACCCAAAAAUCACAAGGGCAGCCAUACUAUGGCUACUACAGUGGAUUCAAUAAAAGUGCAUCAGCACAAAUUCACCAUUUAGCAAGAACCAUGACACAGGGUGCACCAUCAUGCUAUGACGAUACCCAAACUGCAGCAACUAUGCAUCCAAAUGGUGUUAAUCCAAUAUUUGACAAAACCGAUCCAACAUUAGACCCAGAAUCCCCUUCAUUUAGUUCCAAACGAUGGGUCCAGAAUAUGUGGAAAUUAUACCAAAGUGAUUCCGACUACUAUAAACCUGGUAAAUUGGGUGUUGCCUAUAAGAAUCUUCGAGUAUAUGGUGAUGCUAUAGAGAAUGAUUACCAAACAACAGUGUCAAAUGGAGUAUUUAAAUUUGCCAAAAAGGUCAUCAACAAGUUUCGUCAGAAAACAGACGAUUAUACAUUUGAUAUUUUAAAGCCUAUGGAGGGACUAAUCAAACCUGGGGAAGUAACAGUUGUAUUAGGUAGACCAGGAGCAGGAUGCUCCACAUUUUUAAAAACAAUCGCUUGUAAAACAGAAGGGUUCAAGAUUGCUGAUGGUUCAAUCAUUUCCUACGAUGGUAUUACGCAGGAAGAAAUCAAAAGUCAUUUACGUGGAGAAGUUGUCUAUUGUGCUGAAACUGAAACCCAUUUUCCAAAUUUAACUGUUGGUGAUACUCUUGAGUUCACAGCUUUGAUGAAAACUCCUAGAAAUAGACCAGCAGGUGUUUCUCGUGAACAAUAUGCUAAACAUAUUGUAGAUGUGGUUAUGGCUACCUAUGGUUUAACCCACACCAAAAAUACAAAAGUUGGUAAUGAUUUUGUCAGAGGUGUUUCUGGAGGUGAACGAAAACGUGUUUCCAUAGCUGAAGUUUCAUUGGUGCAGGCAUCAAUCCAGUGUUGGGAUAACUCUACCAGAGGCUUGGAUGCUGCUACAGCUCUAGAGUUUAUUUCAUCUUUAAAGACAUCAGCAUCUAUUCUUAAUGAUACCCCAAUGAUUGCUAUUUAUCAAUGUUCCCAAGAUGCUUAUGAUUUAUUUGACAAAGUUAUUGUAAUGUACGAAGGUUAUCAAAUUUUUUUCGGUUCUUCGCAACGUGCUGCCAGUUAUUUUAAAAAAAUGGGUUAUAUUUGUCAGGAUAGACAAACUGUUCCUGAUUUCCUAACUUCAAUUACCAAUCCAGCAGAAAGAAUUAUAAAACCAGGAUAUGAAAGAAUAGUCCCAAGAACUCCAAAGGAAUUUUACCGAUACUGGAGAAGAUCUCCCGAAAGACAAGCGCUUUUGGAACAGAUUGAUGAAUAUUUGGAUAAUUGUGAAAAUUAUGACCAAAAACAAGAAAUAUUUGAAGCCAUCAGUGCCAAAAAGUCCAAACAUACUCAUAAAAAAUCUCCAUAUACCGUUUCAUUACCUAUGCAAGUUAGAUACAUUAUGAAGAGAUAUUGGGAUAGAACAAAAGGUGACCCAUCAGUUCCAAUUUUAACAGUGUUGGGUAAUGUUGCCAUGGGAUUUGUUCUUUCUUCAGUUUUCUACAACUUGCAACCAAACACCUCAUCAUUCUACUAUCGUAGUUCAGUAAUGUACUACGCCUUACUUUUCAAUGCAUAUUCAUCUGUUUUGGAAAUUUACACUAUUUAUGAAAGCAGACCAAUUGUUCAAAAGCAACGAGAAUAUGCGCUCUACCCACCAAUGGCCGAUGCAAUAGGAUCAAUUAUUGCCGACUUGCCUUUAAAGAUCAUUUCAAGUGUUUUGUUCAAUAUCAUUUUAUAUUUUAUGGUUAAUUUCAAAAGAGAGCCAGGUGCUUUCUUCUUUUAUUUAUUAAUCAAUUUCUGCUCCACUUUAUUCAUGUCUCAUUUAUUUAGAACAAUUGGUGCAUUCACAAACUCCUUGGCAGAAGCCAUGACCCCAUCGUCACUUUUGUUGUUUGCUAUGUCUACAUUCACAGGUUUUGCAAUUCCAGUUACCUAUAUGCUUGGAUGGUGUAAAUGGAUUCAUUGGAUCAACCCACUUGCAUAUGCUUAUUCUGCUUUAAUGGCAAACGAAUUCCAUGGCCGAAUUUUUAGUUGUAGUAAUCUUGUUCCGUCUGGAUUUGGCUAUCCUUCAGAAGGUCCUUCGGUUGUAUGUGCUGCUCCUGGUGCAAUCCCUGGAAGUUAUUUUGUGGAUGGUGACUUGUACAUAGAGUUAUCCUUCAAUUAUUACUGGAAACAUGCAUGGAGAAAUUUUGGAAUCUUGUUGGCAUUUGUUGUGUUUUUGUUCUUCACAACCUUGUUUUUCGUGGAACACAACAAAUCUGCUAUCCUGAAAGGUGAAAUCUUGGUUUUCAAAAAGAAGGAUAUAAAGAGAAUGAGAAAGAACAAAGAAGACGAAGAAGCGUAUAUGGAAGACGCUGAUAUGGCUCCAUUAGAUUUGACUGGAAGUACUGAAUUUUCUGAUUACUCCUACGAUUAUUAUGACCGUAAGAUGUUGGACACUGCCAACAUUUUUCACUGGAGAGAUUUGACGUAUCUGGUCAAAAUCAAAUCAGAAGAACGUCGUAUUCUUAACAACAUUGAUGGUUGGGUAAAACCAGGUGAGGUCACUGCAUUAAUGGGAGCUUCUGGUGCUGGGAAAACUACUUUAUUGAAUGCAUUAUCUGAAAGAUUGACUUCUGGAAAAGUCAAUUCAGGAUCAAGAAUGGUCAACGGUGGUCCGUUAGACAACUCCUUUCAAAGAUCAAUAGGAUAUGUUCAACAACAGGAUUUGCAUUUGGAAACUUCAACGGUAAGAGAAGCUCUAAGAUUUUCUGCUCGUUUACGUCAACCCAGUUCUGUUUCAAGGAAAGAAAAGGAUAGAUAUGUCGAAAGGAUUAUUGAUCUCAUGGAAAUGAGACCUUAUGCUGACGCAGUUGUUGGUGUUCCAGGAGAAGGAUUGAAUGUGGAACAAAGAAAGAGAUUAACCAUUGCUGUUGAGUUGGUUGCCCGUCCAAGGUUAUUAGUAUUCUUAGAUGAACCAACUUCAGGUUUAGAUUCGCAAACUGCAUGGUCCAUUUGUAAAUUAAUUAGAAAGUUGGCAAACCAUGGUCAGGCAAUUUUGUGUACCAUCCAUCAACCUUCUUCCAUUUUGUUGGAUGAGUUUGAUAGACUCUUAUUUUUGCAGAAAGGAGAAACUGUUUAUUUUGGUGAAUUUGGUCACAAUUGUCAUACUUUAAUUGAGUACUUUGAAAAAAAUGGUGCAAACAAAUGUCCACCACAUGCUAAUCCUGCUGAAUGGAUGUUGAGUGUCGUAGGAGCUGCCCCAGGAUCCCAAGCAAAUCAAGAUUACUUUGAAGUUUGGAGAAAUUCACCUGAGUACAGAGCGGUUCAAAAUGAAUUGGACAGAUUGGAAUCAUUACACGGGGUGGCUAGUGUUGAUAAGGAAGAAGAUUCGGAAAAGACAUACGCUUCUUCGUUAUGGAAGCAAUAUGUAUUUGUCCUUCAAAGAUUAUUUCAGCAAUAUUGGCGUACACCAUCAUAUAUCUAUUCCAAGUUUGCCAUGGCCAUUUUAUGUUCAUUAUUCAACGGGUUUACCUUUUAUAAAUCUCGUAACUCAAUGCAAGGAUUACAGAAUCAAUUACUUUCUAUUUUCAUGUUGUUUGUUGUUAUGACCACGUUAGCUCAACAAUAUGUUCCAUUGUUUGUUUCCCAAAGGGACUUAUACGAAGCAAGAGAGAGACCUUCUAAAACAUUUUCUUGGGUUGCUUUUAUUGCUGCUCAAGUUACUGCUGAAAUACCGUAUCAAAUUCUUGCUGCUACUAUAUCAUUUUUCUGUUGGUAUUAUCCAGUGGGAAUGUAUAAGAAUGCCGUUUACAGUAAUUCUGUUGCUAAGCGUGGAGUAUUGAUGUGGUUGGUUGUCACUUUGAUGUUUAUUUACAGUUCAACUUUGGCACAAUUGUGUAUUUCAUUCAAUCAAUUGGCUGAUAAUGCCGCAAAUGGAAUUUCAUUUUUGUUGACCAUUUCUAUGACAUUUUGUGGUGUUAUUGCAACUAAAGAUUUCAUGCCUAGAUUCUGGAUUUUCCUUUACCGUUGUAAUCCAUUUACUUACUUGACAUCAUCAAUGAUGUCGGUUGGUGUUGGUGAUUCAUUUGUUAAAUGUGCUCCGAAUGAAAUCUUACAUUUUCCUCCUGAAUAUCCAGGUACUCAAAAAUGUAAAGAUUAUAUGGGUACUUAUAUUGCCAUUGCUGGUGGAUAUUUAUUGAAUCCUGACGAUACAGAUAAUUGCGGAUACUGUAUUUUAGAUCAAACCAAUACUUACUUGAAGUACCUUGAUAUCAGUGUUAGUGAUUUUGGUAGAGAUGUUGGUAUCUUUGUUUGUUUCAUUGUGGUAAAUAUUGUUGGAACAUUUGUUUUAUAUAGAAUAUUUAGGGUUAGAUAG